UUCACGUGAUGAUGGUGCUUACUCCUGCAGUUUUGGCUUUUCCCUUCUUAACUUUUCUAUUCUCCACAACAUUCUACGUGCCUACAGAAUGUGCAACACUCGCAACACCGUUGGAUCCAAAGAAGCUGCUGACAUUUGCAGACAAACAAGUUCGAGCCACGGCAGCUCAGGUAUCCAACCUCGAUGACUACCCGUCUGCAGGCCAUUGCCCUGCCUGCUCUUACUGGGACGUUACUCGUGCUGGUAGCUGGGUGUGCGGCUUCUUUGUCUCCUCCCUCCUCAACAUGUACAGUCACAGCAUACAGACGGGCAAUACCACCGCAGCGGCGUACUACAAAAACGAAGCUAUUUCGCGCAUGUCGGCUCUUAAAACAAUCGCAAACGAUACCGGCACGCACGAUGUCGGUUUCAUGAUGUUUUACACGUACGGAAGAGCUUAUCAACUCGAACUUGGAGAAAGUUACAGAACCGUUGCCUUGUCUGCUGCAGCGUCGUUGGCCACUCGAUUUAAUCCGACUGUUGGAUGCAUUCGAUCUUGGGGUUCUAAGAGUGACAUGUCAGAUUUUCAAGUGAUCAUUGACAAUAUGAUGAAUCUUGAGCUGCUGUUUUGGGCUGCAAACGUCAGUAACAACCAAACUUAUAGAGACAUGGCUGUGAGUCAUGCUGACCAUACCAUCCACGACAACAUUCGAUCAGAUGGAUGCUCUAUUCAUGUGAUCCAUUAUGAUCCCAAAACUGGCAAGAUCAAAUACAAAAGUAAUCAUCCACAAGGAUUAUAUGACAACUCUACAUGGGCUAGAGGUCAAGCAUGGGGGAUGUAUGGAUUUACAAUGGCAUACAGGUACACAAGGUUUGACAGAUAUCUGAAGGCAGCUAAAGCUACUAGCGACUGUUUCCUUCGCCAACUCGCUGUUUGUUGUAAUGAGACGAAAGUCCCAUACUGGGAUUUUUCAGCUUGUGGGGACUUAGCACACUAUGAUACAUCAGCUGGCGCUAUUGCAUCAUCAGCAUUAAUAGAGCUGUCACGCUUUCUUGGUUCCACAGAUGAUGGAAAGCACUAUUUCACUGCUGCUAUUGAAACUAUGUCUGGUCUAUCACAACGACCUCAAUAUUUAGCAACUCCGGGUCUGACCAAUGCUGUCCUAUUAAAGGGUGUUGGCAGUUAUCCAAAGAGUGAAGUAGACGUUUCUCUAAUCUAUGGUGACUAUUUCUUCAUCGAAGCUCUACUUCGUCUCCUUACCACGUGAACUGCAGGCUGCGUAGUUGUAUGGUAUCUGUCUCAAAUAACGUGAUGCAGUCGAGUUAGUAAGACAAGUCUGAUGUUUCUUGCAUUUGCACGUGCACAACACACGAUUACUGUAGAUGUCAGGCACUAGCUCAGGCAUGGUUCCAUGUAAUCCAGAAACUAUUCCAGAAGCCUCGGAGUCCAUACCUUCUUGAAUAUUAAAGUCAUUUUGAAACGCCAUUUGAU